AUGGAUUUCUUGAAGUCGGCCGUGGCUUCGGCCAUGUCCCAGGGACCGCCGUUCCCCUACAAUUUUGGCGACAAGGUCGACGUGGACGAGUCAAUCUGGACUUUAUACAAUGGAACAAGGCGGGAGGAUGGCUCGAACUGCAGCAUCUUCUCGUUCGAUAGCACGGCAAAGAAGAGCCUGCUGCCGCUCGCAAAGAACGCGCUGAGAAAGCUGCGAACGUUGCGACACCCAGGAGUCAUCAAGGUUCUGGACACUGUCGAGACAGACACAUACAUCUACAUCGCUACCGAGCGCGUUACCCCUCUUCGAUGGCACGUUCGAAGGAAGAGCCUGAGUCCCGAGACGAUCAAAUGGGGUCUAUAUACUGUCGCUCAAACGCUCAAGUUUAUUAACGACGAUGCAACCUCAAAACAUGGCAGCCUGAGAGUCGGUUCAAUAUACACUACAGAGAGUGGAGAGUGGAAAAUGGGAGGCUUCGAGGUUCUAAGCAACGUCAAGGAAAGCGAGUCUACUCUGGACAGCUUUGGAAGCUUGGUUCCCGACUCUGGUCGGUAUGCGCCACCAGAGGUGGCUCAAGGAGGAUGGGCCGCGACAAAGGCGCAUCCCACCUACGCCGUAGAUUCGUUCAAUUUUGGAACCCUCAUCUUUGAAGUCUUCAAUGGCGACUUUCACGGUCCAGACCAAGCCGGUCAAACCAAAAACAUACCGCCGUCCAUGCAGACAAGUUAUAAGCGCCUCUGCAACGCCAACCCUAAGGCACGGAUAAGUGCUGGCAAUUUUCUAGAUCUUGGGCGCCGAUCAGGCUCGUUUUUCGAUACUCCGUUGAUUCAUCUUACAGACGGGAUAGAGAAUCUAGGGGUGAAGAAUCCUGAUGAACGCGAGGAGUUUCUCAACGAUUUGGAGAAAGUAACAGAUGAUUUUCCUGAAGAGUUUUUCAAGUCCAAAGUUCUCCCAGAACUCGUCAAAUCGGUUGAAUUUGGCGGCGGCGGUCCUAAAGCUCUCACUGUUGUGCUGAAAAUAGCUGCCAAGUUGCCCUCUGACGAUUUUGAGUCAAAAAUCACGCCUUUCAUUGUUCGGGCCUUUGCAAACCCUGAUCGGGGCAUUCGGGUGUGCUUGCUGGAUAGCCUUCCUCUUAUAAUUGAUCAAUUAUCGCAGAGAAUCGUCAAUGACAAAAUCUUCCCCCAACUAGUUACUGGAUUUACAGAUGCGACACCCGUUGUUCGAGAGCAGACGUUGAAAUCCGUACUCGUUGUCAUUGGCAAACUAUCAGAUCGCACCAUUAACGGUGACCUUUUGAAGCAGCUGGCGAAGACUGCAAACGAUGAGCAGCCUGGCAUCCGUACAAACACCACCAUCUGUCUCGGCAAGAUUGCAAAAAAUCUUGGCACAUCUUCAAGAUCAAAGGUGUUGAUAGCUGCCUUUACACGCUCCUUGCGUGACCCCUUUGUGCACGCGAGAAAUGCGGCGCUCAUGGCACUGGCCGCAACGGCCGAAUACUUCAACGAGGAUGAUAGCGCCAACCGUGUUUUGCCAGUUGUAUGCCCGGCUUUGAUUGAUAAGGAAAAGAUCAUUCGGGACCAAGCCUCGAAAACUAUGGAUAUCUAUUUGCAAAAAGUCCGUAAAGCUGCUGCUGCCAUGCCUGAAACCGCCCUACCUCCAGCGCAGUCGGCCGAUUCUUCCACCGCUCAAGGGAGCACGGUGCAACCAGGCGCAUCUUCUGGAAGCAGCUGGGCAGGUUGGGCCAUCUCAUCAUUCACAAACAAGCUUACUGCUGUGGCUGGAGACAUGCAAACUGCAAAUAGUCCAACCCCAGCUCCUGUUAGUCUAACACCCGAAACCGAGGCGAAGAAACCAGUUACAGCGUCCGCAUCAAACCUUCACCGUCAAGCCGUGACAUCUCCUGGCCCAGCAUCAGGCCUAUCGACGCCUGGUGUUGCCAGUGCUAUAGCUGGACAAUUUCUACCUGAUGAUGACGAUGACGCAGGUGAUGCAUGGGGCGAUUUGGGAGACGACGAUGCUUUCGAGACGCCUUCUGCAGCUGCUAAUGCAUCAACAACUGUGUCUGCAACGCCUUUCGGUGAGGACGAGCCUGAUUUUGCAGGAUGGCUAGCGGCGCAGCAGAAGAAGGGACCAAGCAAGCCGCUGCCAAAGGGGCUAUCGAAGACUACCACAGCCAAGAAACCUGUAACAAAGACAGCAGCGAAGCCCGUGGCAAAACCGGCCGCGAAACCCGCAGCUGCCAAGAAGAUUGAUCUGGCGCCGAAAGAGACAGACGACGAUGAUGAUGGGUGGGGCGAUGGCUGGGAAAGAGGAGGUCGAAGACGAAAUAUAAACAUGGCGCAAGGCACGGUCAAGAAGUCCAACAAGGCCGCCGCGCCAAAGGCCGUCCACUCAAAGCGCCAGGCCUCCAAGGUCACCAAGCCCAAGAAAAAGGUCAACGCCGACAAGAUGCUCAAGAAAUUCACUUCGGGCAUGGUGGCCAAGACGGAGGCGCUGCUGGGCGAGAGAGCGGGCCAUCUCGAGCUGAUUGGGCCGGGCAAGAAGGGGAGCAAGAAGUUGUCGCAGAAGGGAGGAUCAAAGAAGUUUGGCUAAGAAAAAGAGAGAUGGGAAAAUGGAGAAUGCGAGGGGAUGGUUUGGAGGAAGAGGGAUUGGAACGAAGCGAAAUUUUCGGACUGCGAGCGACUAUGAUUUUUAAACAACUAUAUUCUUUUUCUUCUUACGAUUACAAGCAUUUCUCGAUGUCAAAAUCUCUUCCUUCGGCAACGUCGUUCAAAAUCGUCGAUACCACUCUGAAAUCCCUCUCGACAUCGACCUUCCAGUUCGACACGGCUACUCUCACGGCCUUUUCGCCUUUCCAGCUGGUCCCGCUCACGUACAGCUGCCUCGUCGCGUUGAUCUUUGCCACCAAUUCAUCGUUUAGCUUCUUAUCCUUCGCUCUGAACAGAAUAAUUAUGAAAAUUUCCUCAAUAUCGCCGCUCUCAUCAGGCAGCAACUCAUAAUAUGGCGACUCUCGCAGGAAGACGGCCAGUUUGCGAGACAGUUGAGCCAUGUUGUGAAACAAGUUAGCGAAGCCGGGACGUCCUUCGCUGAGGAGCACCGCGUAGGCGGGCAGCGCGCGGAAACGUCUCGAAUUUUCGAGGCCUAUGUUGAGAGGAGACGGGAUGCUGGCAGCUGGGCCUGGUGAGAGGUAUGCGGCGUUGGGGUUGACGAAUACGGAUUCUAGAAUGGACGAGGUGCGGGUGAAGAACAUGCCGCAGUCGUAUGGCUGAGGAUGUUAGCGAGUUGGAGAUGGAGAUGGGGGAAUCAAUGAAUUUCACAUACAACGUUGAGCAUCUUGUGGCCGUCGAUCGUGAUGCUGUCGGCUAGAUCGAUGCCCUUGACGCGAUUGCGAAGCAGCCGGUACUCAUCUCGAUCAUCUAGAACGCUACAGAAGAUUCCGAAUGCUAUAACGACAAUGGUAAGCAACUGAUACACCUCAGAAUCAUGGCCUUUCGGCAUAUAUAGUUCAAACAUACCUCCAUCCGCGUGGAUCCAAG